UGCAGAGUGACGAAGGUCGACCCAGGGCCAAAGUCCCAGAGGCGCACUUCUCCUUCCGGCAGCAACGACAAAGGCUGGGGCCAAGGCUGCGAGGCCAAGCUCAGCCUAGCCUUCGCCCUUACUCUCACCAUACUUGUAUUCGGCCCGAGCCUCGAAAUCGAACUGGACCAGCAUCGACGAGCUCACCGACCUCAUAUCCUUCCUCCUCCCCCCUCCUCUCAUUGCAAAGCUAGACGGCAGUACGACACCCUGGGCCACAGUCUGCGCGUACCACUCUUCCCGCCUUCGCUCAUCUUCCUGGCUCCGGGAUCUCUGUUCCGCAGGGCCCGGUCGCUGCUCCACUCUUCCUUUCUUCCGCAUCGGCAUAAUACUGUCGCGAGGCCACCACUCCAGCAUAUCCGGCGCCAUUGACUGUCAGUCGGGCCAGCAUACUAGGUCUUCAGAACGAGUAGAUGGCCGCUCCCGGCGUGUCUUCGAGUGCGGGUGGAGCAAGUGGGACCUCUUCUGGCAGUAAUGAUGCUUCCUACUCAAUGGCCAACGUGUCCGCCUCUUUGCCCGGCGGUGGUCUGGCCCCUUCGAUCCAGCUGCGGACCAAGUCGCCCCUUCCCUUCUUCACAUGUCCACACCCCAUACCGCCUGCUUCGGCUACGAUUGGCUCCACCCUCAAGCUCUCUGUGCUGCGUCUCCUCACAGGCGAGGUCUCCCUCAAGUCCUCCACGGCUCCAAUGACCGAGUCGGAGAAUCUCAAGCUGAUGACCAUUCAUGGCUGGAGGAGCGAAAUGAUCGCUCUGGAGCUGAGGCAAAAUGUACUCAUUGCGCCAGAGACGAGAAACAGAAUUGGCGAAGGAAUAGAUGAUGAGAUGGAGGGGUUCGAGCUGGCUGAUGACUCUGAUUGUGGUCUGCUCGAGAGCGGGGAUGAAGUGCUCAUUCGGAUAAAGCCAGCCUUUGCACUUCCAGAUCUACACCUGCCCAAGCUGCCCAAAGACCACACUUAUUCCCUUCCUCCUGGCGCUCUCACUCGGGCAGGUACCCUGUCUGCGCCUCCUUCGUAUUCCCAAGCCAACAUCAAGAGAGCUGCCGAGCCGUCCUCGCACAGUUCGAGUGUACAGGCUCAGCCCAACGCCAACUACCAUGCUAGGCAAUAUCGUGAUUACUCCAAGGGAUACCGCGUGGUCACUGUAGGCGGAGGUCAGGAGGGAACUUCAAAAGGUGGGCAGAACAACUUCGGCAUGACCGCUGCCGAAAUUCGCAGAGCCAAGGCCUCAAGUAAUCCAGCCACAUCGGGUCCAUCGAGACCUCUGGGUCUCGGCGCUGGCGUCGAACCACCUGCGGCUAUACCCGCUGCAGCACAGUACAGGCCGGCUGAUAUCAAAACGAAACGUUCGAGCUCUUACAACAAGAAGGAUUCGCAGCAAGCCGGAGGCGCCCGAGCUUUGAUCUCUCCCCUACUGCCUGCUAGCACUACAGCGUCUCCAGCCCCGACUUCUCCGGCCAACAUUCCCAGCCCAUCCAUCACACCCGCUUCUAGUCAGAAUCCAGGGCGGAGACCAAGUGCUCAGCGCGCGUCGACGGGCGGCUCGUACAGCUACUUCAAUCAAGACUCGAAAGGAGCAGGUAAUGCAUCAACUGGUGCCACUAGCUCUAGCGCAAUGCAGCAGGUCUUCGGCUCUGGAGGCCCUGCAGGCCAGGAAGCAAUGCCUUCUGGCGCCCUCGUCAUUGGACCUGGCGUACAGGGAUCCAUAGGGAAGGGAUCCAGCAGCGCCCCUGGUCAAAGUGGGAACGCCACGGGUGACAGUGGCCAUAGUCCAAUGGCUAGCAUCGCCGAAUACGGCAAUGCAAAAGCAUUCACAGGCUUCACGGCGGCAUCAGGGGAGGUGAAAGCUCGGGGCAAGCAGAGGGCCGCAUCUCACGGCAGCUCUACUGAGAAUGGGAGGAGCGAAAUACGUAAAAGCACAACUAGGAAGAAGAGCUCCGAGCGUCUUUCAAAGGGAAAUGCAGUGGGAGGCAAUGGAGAACAGCCAGCUGAUCCGGCCAGAGCUGCCGUCGAAGCUGCCGAAAGGAGAGCGGCGGCAGCUCGCGCUGCUCUGAACGAGAGUCUCGCUUCCAAUGGUCACAAUGGGACUAGUGGCAAGACCAACGGCAGCAGUCAUACGGCCCAGGCGAUCGAGCAGAGAGAGUUGCCCUCAAAGCGUGAUCUGCCGUCCAACGCACAUGUCAGCCCAGUUCCUCCUACCUCUGCGCAAGAGGAGGCAGAGGAAGAGCCCUCGAGAAGCUACUUCUCCCAAGUCUCCGCCGGCGGUCGAUCUCCUUCGAACGCUGCCACCCCGCCUUACUCUACGAAGCCGGCAGACUUUAGUGUCAUCAGCCGUCGAGGGCAAAAUCAACCGUCCGCUGCUGACGAGAUGGAAUACCCAUUUGUAGACGCUCCUCUCCCUCCUAUACCUCGAGACGAAGAUGAUGAGAUGGGCUCAGUCCCUCCUCUUGUGCAAGAGUCAGGCGGGCCCACGAGGCCACCACACUCGCGCAUGGUGAGCACAGGAGGCGAAAGUGCGGUCAGCAAGAGUAGUAAGAAGGAAGGGAGAUUCUCCCGUUUGGCCGCUCCUGGACUCGGCUUCGGUACUCGUCGGCAGAGCUCCAAGAGUAGUGUGCCGAAAGCUGAGGGUCGCGAGAGUGGUGCUCCGACCAGUGAGAAGGAGGGGCCUCGCGCAGAGCCAGCCUCCAUACUCGCGCCGAGGCUGGGACUUGGACCUCGCAAGCUCAGCUCGAAGAAGAGCAUCAACAAAGGCGAGGGCCAGGAGGUUGUCGGCAACGAGGAGAGGGAUCAUGGCGUCAGUCAGCCCAUUGUAGAGGACGAACCGUCUUCUCCUUCGACGCCUGCGUUCGUCGAUGCAGAGCAAGGAGAGCCAGAGAAUUACCUCGAGGCUCACGACAAGAAGCUCAGCCGCGCAGAGCGUAGAUAUUUGGACUUCCAGAAGUCCUACCAGGCCGAGCUGACCCGGCAGGAGCAGGCCGAUCGACAUCGUCUGUCGGAGAGGGAGGCAAGAAGGGUGGAGAGCGAAAAGGAGCAGCGGAAGAAGGAAGAGGAGGCCAGGGUCAGACGCGAGAAGGAGAAGUGGCAAAUCUGGGAGGAGGUGAGAAGGAGAGGGUAAGGCCACUGGAAGAGGAGUCCAGACCUGUUGUGUCGGCGUGGAUGUAGCAUUAUCAUUCGUCUCUCGCAGCAUCGCAUCACUUUCCCC